AUGAUCAGGGAAUCUAAGAAAGCAGCAGUAGCAGCCAAGCUGGGGUUCUCCAAGCAUGUUUCAGACGAUGCUGCAAGCAACAAAAUUUGGAUUUUGGCCAAUGAUAACAUCCUUGUUCAAACUGUGCGGGCAACCAGCCAAUGCUUUACAGGCCCCUGGCUGAUAAGUGGGGACUUCAACGUCACCCUAUCCCCUGAAGAUAGAUUAGGCGGUCCGUCACAUGUGACUGGUGGUAUGAGCAAGUUUCUAGACAUGGUUAAUGAUACAAGUUUGAUAGAUAUGGGCUUUUCAGACUGGCAGUGGGCCUUCCCAGUUUCAAUAGUCAGCCAUCUCACUUGCACCCAUUCCGACCAUUCCCCUUUGCUCCUUACUCUCCAUCAAGACCCAGUGCAGUUCCCCCACCCCUUCAGGUUCCAACGAAUGUCAACCAUUCAUGAAGACUUUAUCCAAGUUGUCUCAGAUUGCUGGAGCAAUGAAGUAACCACCACCCCUAUGUACAGAUUCUAUAUCAAGAUGAAGAGCCUUAAUUCAAAGCUGAAAGCUUGGAACUUAGUAGUGUUUGGAGACGUUAAUAAAAAGGUCCAGGAGGCAUAG